AUGUCUAAUACAAAUUAUAUUAAUCCAGCCACAAAUCAAGUGUGGACAUCAAAGGAAAUUCGUAAGCAAUUUGUCGAAUUCUUUGAAAAGAAGUAUGAACAUACAUUCGUUCCAAGUAGUUCUGUCGUUCCACAUGAAGAUCCAACCUUGUUGUUCACCAAUGCUGGUAUGAAUCAAUUCAAGGCUAUUUUCCUUGGUCAAGCUAGUCCAGACUCUAGUUUGGCUAAAUUGAAGCGUGCUGCUAACUCUCAAAAGUGUAUCCGUGCUGGUGGUAAACAUAACGAUCUCGAUGAUGUCGGUAAGGACACUUAUCACCACACCUUCUUUGAAAUGUUAGGUAACUGGUCAUUUGGUGACUAUUUCAAGAGAGAAGCUAUUACAUGGGCUUGGGAAUUGCUCACUGAGGUUUAUGGAUUGGAAAAGGAUAGACUCUAUGUCACAUAUUUUGGUGGUAAUGAAAAGCUCAACUUGCCAGCUGACGAAGAAGCUAAACAAAUUUGGGGACAAUUUGUUCCAGAUGAUCAUAUUUUGCCAGGUUCUAUGAAGGAUAACUUCUGGGAAAUGGGUGAUACUGGUCCAUGUGGUCCUUGCAGUGAAAUUCACUACGAUCGUAUUGGUGGACGUAAUGCUGCUCAUCUCGUAAAUAUGGAUGAUCCAAACGUUUUGGAAAUUUGGAACAAUGUUUUUAUGGAAUUCAACAGAAAGGAAGAUCAAACAUUGGAAUAUUUGCCAGCCAAGCACGUCGAUACUGGUAUGGGUCUCGAAAGAUUAGUUUCCAUCUUGCAAAACAAGAUGAGUAACUAUGAUACCGAUGUUUUCAUGCCAAUCUUUGAAGCUAUUCAAAAGGAAACUGGUUCUCGUCCAUACACUGGUAAAUUGGGUGCUGAAGAUGUUGACCACAUUGAUACUGCUUAUCGUGUCAUUGCUGAUCACAUUCGUACCCUCGUUAUUGCUCUCUCCGAUGGUGGUUAUCCAGACAAUACUGGUAGAGGAUAUGUUCUUCGUCGUAUUGUUCGUCGUGCUGUCAGAUUUGGUGAAUUUAUGAAUGCCAAGAAGGGUUUCCUUACUCGUUUGGCUUCUUGUGUCGUUGAACUUAUGGGUGAUUUCUUCCCAGAAUUGAAGAAGAAUUCUGAAAAGGUUGAAGAACUCAUUCAAAGUGAAGAAGUUUUGUUCGCCAAGACUCUCCGUGUUGGUUUGAAAUUCUUUAACAGAAUUGCUGAAAAGAUGAAGAGCAAUGGUGAAAGUGUUGUUUCUGGUCCUGAUGCUUUCAAGUUAUAUGCUACCUAUGGUUUCCCAGUUGACUUGACUUUAAUUAUGGCUCAAGAACAAGGUAUGACUGUCGAUAUGGUUGAAUACAAGAAGGAAAUGGAAAAGCACGCUACUGCUUCUCAAGGUACUAAGCAAGAAGCUACUGACAUGAAGCUUGGUGUUAUUGAAACUGACAAGUUACAAAAUGAACUUAAGAUUGAACCAACUCAAGAUGAUAUCAAAUAUGUUUGGGAAAAUAUUCAAGCUAAGGUUGUUGCUAUCUUUAGUGAAUCUAGCGGAUUUGUUGAAGAAUUGAACACUGAAUGUGAAGAAGUCAAUAUUGGUAUUAUUUUGGAUCAAACCAACUUUUAUGCUGAAGGAGGUGGUCAAGCUCCAGAUAAUGGUGUUUUGAGAAUUGGUGAAACUGAAUUGAAGGUUGUCAAUGUUCAAAAGUUUGCUGGUUAUAUUUUACAUAUUGUUAACGUUUCUGAAUCCAAGCUUGCUGGUAACGUUACUGUUGGUACUACUGUUUCUUCAGAAGUUAACUAUGAAAGAAGAGAACCAAUCGCUGCUAACCACACCUCUACUCACAUGCUCAACUUUGCUUUGAGAAAGGUUUUGGGUACUGACUGUGACCAACAAGGUUCCAUUGUUAAGGAAGAAGAAUUGUGCUUUGACUUCUCUGCUGCUAAGGCUCCAUCUGUUGAACAAGUUGCUGAAGUUGAAAAGAUUGUUAAUGAUCUCAUUGUUGCUGAUCAUCCAGUCUUCUCUAAGGUUCAAGAACGUGAUGCUGCUUAUGAAAUUAAUGGUCUCAGAGCCAUGUUCAGUGCUAACUAUGGCGAACAAGUUCGUGUUGUUUCCAUCGGUCAAGACAGUGAUAGCAUCAUGACUGAUAGAUCAAAUGAAAAGUGGCGUUUGAUUUCAGUUGAAUUCUGUGGUGGUACUCACUUGAAGCAAACCAGUCAAGCUCAAACCUUUGUCAUUCUCUCUGAAAAGAGUAUUUCAACUGGUAAGAGACGUAUUGUUGCUUUGACUAGAAAGGCUGCUAAGGAAGCUGUUGAAAGAGCUCAAAAGUUCUCUGUCAAGAUUGACGAAUUAGAAAAACUCUCAGACGAAUUGUUCUGUCCUCGUUACUAUGAACUCACUUCUGAACUUACUUUGCUCACUGAUAUUCCAUUGCUUUCCAAGAAGGCUUUCGAAAAGAGAUUGGAAGCAUGCCAAACUAAGGUUCGUAAGAUCCAACAAUCUCAAAAGAAGGAUGAUGCUGAAAAGGCCAAUCAACUCAUUUCUCAACUCAAGGAGUCUAUUGAACAAAAGUCAUUGAAGUCCCUUGUCUACCAAUUGGAAGAUGGUUCUGAUCAAAAGUUCGUCAAGAAGGUUAUUGAUGCUUUGACCACCAUUCCAGUUUGUCUCAUUUCUAAGGCUGAUGAUAAGACUAUCAUUGUCCUUGCCAGCGUUCCACAAGAACAAACUGCUACUUUGUCUGCUAAUACUUGGGUUACUGAAGUUUGUAAGGUUGUUUCUGGUAAGGGUGGUGGUAAGCCAAUCUUUGCUCAAGGACGUGGUUCUGAUGUCUCAAAGGUUGCUGAAGCUGUCAAGUUGGCUGAAGAAAUGGCUAAAUUCUAAAUUGUAUUAAUUUUGUAAAAAUUUGAUAAAUUAUUUUAUUCU